AUGUUCCGAUCUCUCCACGGCGGGCGGAAUGCCGUGCGCUUGCAGCAAGUCUUGGCGAGCAAGGCGCGGCGCUUAGCCCGCCUGCUCCUCCCGGACCUGAUCCUCCUCAGUGCCCGGGAUCUGAAUCGUGAACGGCUCGGCAGCGCUCCUAACACCUCUGCGCUUUCAAUGCGAGUCCUUAGCAGCCCCUUGCUCGCGCAACCCCGGAUGCCAAGAGCGCUGGAGAGAUGCCGAGCACUGAAAGACCUCGAGCUAAGCUACGGCAGCAAUGUCGCCGAGUUCGAGUAUCUGGUGAUCUGCGUGUGGCUUCCCCUGUACGAUGAGGAGAAGAUCGCACUGCCGCUGCCAGUCAAGGAGGUCUACGCCGUGGACCUCCAGGGCGAAUUUGGCACAGCCUGGACCUUCUUUGGCUCCUUUCCGAGGGGAUCCUCCGGAUGGUCCGAGGGCAGCGACCACGGGCUCCGAUGUGACGAGGCCUCGGGUGUCCAAGCCAUCGUCCGCGCCUGCUCUGCCACGCUCGGCUGCCGUUUGGAGGGCCUCUGCACACCCCUGAGGGACCAUGGCAUUCUGCGAGCAGGGGCAAGCUUCACAACAUCAGGACUUUGCACGGACUAUGUGAGCGGCGGUGUACUGGCGGCUGUGAUGACCGCAGUGGAGUUUCGGCCCAACAUCGGCCCUCAUACCCCGGUCGAAUCUGGAGUCAAGAACAGCACCUGCGCUCUGGCUUACCGCUACUCCGAGGAUGACAGUGACAGGGGCCGUGCCACUUAG